CCAAGUACCUUGGACAGCAGCUCGCCGCUGCGACCUCCACUUCGCGGUUUGGUGGGUGGUGAUCAUGGAAGGCAUUGAGCUGCUUCGGUCUGGUUGCAGCACUCGAUCGAACUACAUGGCGCCACCGGCGUCGUCGUCGAUAGAAGAUCCGUCGCAGGACGAUCCGAUGGAGGCGCUUGUGACACGCCUCCAGCAGAUCCAGACAGCGCCAUCCGUGCAAAUCUGGGAGCAGCACGUGCCUGGCAACUGGGCCAUCAAUUAUCUGCUCCUCGAAUUGGAUACGUUGAUUCGAUUUCUGCGAGACAAACGAACCCAAGCCGACCAUGCCAUCCAGAGCGGCACAGCCGUCGACGAUGCCCAGUUGUCCUACGACGACGAGAAACGACACAAGUUGCGGCUAUAUGCCCUCAAAGAGUGGCGUGAUAUUCAAAAGAAAGCCGUUCGAUUGAAUGUCGCGGAUCUCAUCGUGAGCUUCCUCCCGCCGCUGGACGCAGCGACCAAGGCCAAGAUGCUCCUGUCAAAUCGACCUCUCGACGACCGGGUCAGCCGUCAAGGCAACCUGGCCACAGUGUCCGCGAGCUCCAUUGUGUCUGUUCUCGACGCUCCCAAGGACAACCCUGCUGACGUCCCUGGCACCCACCGACCUUCCCUGUCGACCGACGAUAAGGCCCUGACGGUACCGCCGAAUCCACCGCAACCGUCGACAUCCAAGUCGGGGGCAACCGUUCCCAUGUCACCUGUGGCAUCUUCGUUCUCGACCCCAUUGCCCCUUCAACAAACGCAAAUGGAGGACAAGUUGCUGGAACUCGUGUACGAGUUCAUCGCGGGUGGAUUCGUUGCUGCUCAAGACGCUUUGUACGACGCAAUUCUUGAGCAAGAAGAUCGAUUCGUUGUGUUUUUGAUGCGCCACUUAAAACGACGCGACGAGAGUCCAUUCGUGCUGGUUGUGCUCCAACAGCUUUGCGAGAACCACCACAGCCAGUGGCAGGCCCUCAUGCGCGCAAACGACCCGUCAUCGUUCCUCCACGUGAUCGCUAGGCAGCUCAUGGAUGUGUACUGGAAGGAAGUUGCCAUGUCGGAGCAUGACGCGACCAUGUGCAGCCUCAUCCUGGGCCUCUUCACAGAAGCUUGCCAAGGGCCGUGCGACGAGAACCAGCGUGUGUUGGAAGCGUCGCCAGCGCUCGACUUGUGCGUGGAUCUCGUCCUUGGUCUCGUGCGGUACGAGGACGCCGUGCCGGUCAAGCAACGCCUUGGCGUGCAACGAGCCGCGGCUAACGUCUUGCUCGCCAUGAUGGAAGGCCGCACAGACAUGGUUGUCCAAAAUGCAAUAGCAAAGGUGCUGACCGCGUCACGAGUGCUCCACCGUAUCCUCGCGCACCACAAAACAAUCGUGUUCAAGAGUGCGUCGCCGUCGUCCGGCGGGGGAUUCGACUUGGGAAGCAAGCGUCGGUUCGGUUUGAAGGGUGCUGCACUGCCGUCGGCGACGAAACCACUCGGCAGCGACGACCACGUGGAUGCUGCGUUCAUGGAAGUUAUUCAUCUUCUCCAAAUUGCGUUUCGCAUGACCAAUUCGAACCUGGCCACGUCAUCUAGCAUGACAGACUCCCCCGCCGGAGCAACGUCGAACUCGUCGAGGGGGCAGGAUGCGUUGAUUCCGAACGUGGUGGCGUUCGUCGUCGAGUGGGAGGAGCUCAAGACCAAGUUCAAGGCCCACGACAUCCUCGAGUUUUUCCAGCGCGAAAUGAUGAGCGUCGAAGUGUCUCGGCUCGGCGCGUCGUUCACUGUCUACUUUCUCAAACCCAAAUCGGCCAAGUACUUUGACAAGACGAUCAAGCGGCGGUUCCUCAACAACAUGGACAUGGGCACGGAUGACGCGCUCCAGGUGCUCAUUGCUGAGCCAGCCCAGGCCAUUCAAGAGGAGCUCAACGUGAUGGGGCGCCUCGAAAAACUCGGCAUGUACUCGUGGUUGAACGAGUGGCACUGGCAGCUCCGAAUGGCGCACUUGUACCUGUGUGCGUACAUCAACUUUGUCCUCAUCAUGACACUCAAGUACCCGGCAUCCCCCGGCAAGACGUCGGCGCUGCUCGACGUCGAGUUGAAAACCAACACGCUCAAGCAACUCAUCAACGUCCUCGGCGUCGGUCUUUUCCUGGCCAGCUUGGCCCUGUUUGCAUUCCACUUCAUGCAAACUCUGAGCUUCAGCUACUCCAAGCAACACGUUACCCUCGCCAAGCUCAAGCUCACGAGCCCGCGAACUAUUCGCCGCAACGUGCUGUCGGCAUUCACAGGCUUCUUCUACUACCUGCAGCUGUUUGGGUCGACGUUUGCCAUUGUGAUCUUCUUGUACUCGACGGACGACGCAACAACGCAAACGCUGGGCGCGUGUGCGGCAGUCGUGCUCACACUGUCGUUUCUGGCGGCGCUGCGCAAGGCGGCCGGGAUGCUGCGCUUCCUUGUCAGCGAGACAGACACGUACAGAGACAUGGUGCAAAAGCAGCACGGGGUGCUCCACACGCGAUUCUGCUUUUGGUACAGCGUCCUGUAUGAUACACUGUUUGCGGGACCGGUCAUGUUGUUUGGGUUCUACACGCUCUGCGCGUUCCUGGCGCUGCAGCCGUUCAAGUGGUCAAGCGUGUUUUUCGGCUUUCCGCUCAUGGACAUCCUCGAGACGAAUAAGCGACUCAACUUUAUCGCCCUUGCCAUGCGCACCAACUUGGGCAAGCUCGGAGUCACGGCUGUGUUCGGCGCCAUCUCCAUUUACAUUUUUUCACUCGUCGGGUUCUUCCUCUUGCAAAAGGAGAUGCAGCCAGACGAGGCCGACACAAGCCACUGCGCGUCGCUGCUCCAGUGCUUUGCCACGUAUGUUCGAUACGGGCUCCUGUCUGGUGGCGGCAUCGGCGACUACAUUUCGUCGUCCCUCAACCACGAGUUGAAUUUCGACCAGCCGCAGCGGUACUUGGAACGGCUCGUGUACGACAUGGCGUUUUACGUGGUCGUGAUCACGCUGUUCCUGAACAUGGUGCAAGGAAUCAUCAUCGACGCAUUCACGUCCGUGCGGGAAGAGACCGAGACGAAGGCCGCCCUCAAGCGCGAGCGGUGCUUGGUUUGUAAUCGCGCGCGGAGUGCGAUCGAGCUCGCCGGCAUGGAGAAAGGCCUCCUCAACAACUUUGCACGACACACGCAGGACGAACACAACCUGCUGCACUACUUUUUCUUCAUCCAGCAGCUCAACGCCAAGGACGACAGCGAUCGCAACGGCAUCGAGUCGUACGUGUUUGAAAAGCUCAAGACGAAGGACAUGUCGUGGAUCCCGAGGGUGUAAGGGCGACCAUGAAUCGGAUGGAGAGUUG